UGCCCCUAAAUAAGAACCAUCGCUUUCAACAGUGGGCAGCUGAGGUACCAACACCUCCAUCUACUGUGAGGGGUUGUGGACCCCAGUUCACCUACACUGGCCCCAAGAGUACCUGGGGCUGUCUCUGAAUGCUGUGAGACCUUCUGCCUCCCCUCCUCUGCUAUUUCUCUAUCUCUGCUGUUGGCAGGUGUGUCUGUUCCUGAGAGAGGACAAGGGACCCUGGUGCCAGAGAUGCAAGUGGGUUCUUUGAGUGUGUGUGACUUUGCCUGUGGCUGGGCUUGGGCACAUGUGGGUGUGUGCCUGUGUCCUUCCUCCUCAGCAGAGCAGAGACUGUGACCUCGAGGAGGCCACACGUCCAGCAGUACCAGCAUGGCCUCAGCUGCCUCUGUGACCAGCCUGGUAGAUGAGGUCAACUGCCCCAUUUGCCAAGGCACCCUGAGGGAGCCGGUCACCAUCGACUGUGGGCACAACUUCUGCCGUGGCUGUCUCACUCGCUUCUGUGAGAUCCCUGGUCCAGAAUCUGAGGAGUCCCUCACCUGUCCCCUGUGCAAAGAACCUUUCCGCCCAGGGACCUUCCGGCCUAACUGGCAGCUGGCCAACGUGGUGGAGAACAUUGAGCGCCUCCAGCUGGUGUCCACGCUGGGCACAGCGGAGGAGGACGACUGUCCAGAGCAUGGGGAGAAGGUCUACUUCUUCUGCGAGGAUGAUGAGGCGCAGUUGUGCGUGGUGUGCCGCGAGGCCGGGGCGCAUGCAGCCCACACUGUGCGCUUCCUGGAGGACGCAGCAGGUCCCUACAGGGAACAAAUACAGAAGUGUCUUGCAUGUCUAAGAAAAGAGAGAGAGGAGAUUCAAGAAAUCCAAUCAAGAGAAAACAAAAGGAUACAAGUCCUCCUGACUCAGGUGGCCACCAAGAGACAACAGGUGAUUUCCGAGUUUGCACAUCUGAGCCGGUUGCUGGAGGAACAGCAGGGCAUUCUCUUAGCACAACUGGAGAAGCUAGAUGGGGACAUCUUGAAGCAACAGGAAGAGUUCGAGUUCCUCAUCUCUGGGGAGAUCUACCGCUUUAGUACCUUGGUUGAAGAGCUGGAGGAGAAGAAUGAGAGGCCAGCAAGGGAGCUUCUGACGGAUAUCAGAAGCACUCUAAUAAGAUGUGAAACCAGAAAGUGCCGGAAACCAGAAGCUGUGUCCCCUGAGCUGGGCCAGAGGAUCCGGGAUUUCCCCCAGCAGGCUCUCCCACUGCAGAGAGAGAUGAAGAAGUUUCUGGAAAAACUCUGCUUUGAGUUGGACUAUGAGCCAGCUCAAAUAUCUCUAGACCCCCAGACUUCCCACCCCAAGCUCCUUCUAUCUGAGGAUCUCCAGCGGGCUCGCUUCUCCUACAAAUGGCAGAAUUCUCCGGACAGCCCCCAGCGUUUUGACCGGGCCACCUGUGUCCUGGCACACAGUGGCUUCACAGGGGGGAGACACGCUUGGGUGGUGAGUGUAGAUUUGGCCCACGGGGGCAGCUGCACCGUGGGCGUGGUGAGUGAGGACGUGCGGCGGAAGGGGGAGCUGCGGCUGCGGCCAGAGGAGGGGGUGUGGGCCGUGAGGCUGGCUUGGGGCUUCGUCUCAGCUCUGGGCUCCUUCCCCACACGGCUGGCCCUGGAGGAGCAGCCCCGGCAGGUGCAGGUGUCUCUCGACUACGAGGUGGGCUGGGUGACCUUCGCCAAUGCGGUCACUCAGGAACACAUCUAUACCUUCACUGCUUCCUUCACCCGGGAAGUCUUUCCCUUCUUUGGGCUCUGGGGCCGAGGGUCCAGUUUCUCCCUGAACUGCUGAAAGGGCACAGUUACCCUCCUGUAAGUUGAAGACUCCAAUCAAGUAUGGUGUGCACUUCACCCCUGGCUUGGUCAUCUGGAAGACUUGAAGUAGAAAUGACUUCAAGUCGGUGCUGUGGCUAACACCUGUAGUCCUAGCAAUAUGGGAGGCAGAGAUCAAGAGGCUUGGUGUUCAAAGCCAGCCCAGGCAAAUAGUUUCGAGACCCCAUUUCA